UAAAUAUUUAAAUGGAUCCUGAAGACGAUUAAGACAUCAUUGAUUCUAUUGUUAAUGGUAUAAUGGUUAGUAAUUAUAAAAGCUCUGGAAAGUGACGAAGAAAGAUCGUUUUCGCCAUCUCAUACAAGAUCAGAUUCUAAUAGAACUUACUCUCCAUAAAUCAUGAGAUUGUCUUAACCCCAGUACUCAAUUACAUCAUAAAUAGAUAUUCGAUAAAAAAAAUUUAAAGUCCAAUUAUUGGCUUCAAAUUAGAUUGUUGGGCAAUUUAACCAUUCAGCCUUGAUGACGACCAAUAUUUGGAUGGAGAUUUAGUAUGUAAUAAUUUUUAAUAUAGAUCCUCAAAUGCAAGGAUUAAACCAAUAGCAGAAAAAUAUAAGGUUUGUUUGAAAAAGGAAAUGAUGAACAAAGAGAAUUUAUAUUUUAAAAAUUAUUACCCGGAAUUGCAACACUUGCAAAUGAUAUCUUUGGAAACUACGUUGUAUAAAGAAUCAUGGAAUAAGGUAAUCAACAAUAAAGGGAAUUGAUUUUUGAACAUCUCUCCUAGUAAAUAUUGGUUUUAAGUUACAAUACAUAUGGAUGUAGAGUGGCUCAGAAAUUGUUGGAGAUAUCCUUCAAUACUCAGAAGUUUGACCAGAUAUUCAAAAUAAUCUCAACGUAAGUCAGGAAUUUGGUUAUUGAUACUAAUGGUAAUCAUGUAAUUUAGAAAAUUGCUGAAUUGUUUAAAUCCCAAAGGAGUGACUGGCUUAUUGAGGGUGUUUUGGGGUAGAUUCAAAAAUUAUCUAAUGACUCUCAUGGAUGCAGAUUAAUCUAACAGAUAUUAGAAGUAUCUUCUGCUUCAUAGGUAAUCAUAUAGAUUAACAAAGUUGAAUGACAUUUAUAAGGAAUUAUUAUCCAUUUAGGAGGAAUUAUGCUUAUCAUAAUAUGGGAAUUAUAUUAUUUAGAUAUUGUUAUAGAGGGGGCCGAGUGAUCUGAUUUAUAAAAUUUAAAAUGCUAUUAUUAAGAAUUUGGAGAAGUUGAGUUGUGAUAAGUUUGGAAGGUAUUCAAUCAUAGUUAAAUAGUAAUGUGGUUGAUAAAAGUGUAAAUAUUUCAGUUUAUAUGAGAAAAGAAAUCUUAAAGGUGUUCAUGCAUAACAUGAAUAUCUUCUAUAGAUUAUCUAAUAAUUGUUAUGGUAAUUAUGUAAUAUAGAAUUUCUGUAAAUAACUUGAAUAUAAUUAAUUAAUAAAAUUAUCAUAUGAUUCAAGUUAAUUUAAUACUCAAUUUGGUUAACAUGUCUAUUAAACCUUAUAAAAAUUGAAAAAUUGA